AUGGAGUACGGUGAGAUCGAUGGGGAGAUCGGGGUCCAGCCGGUCUACUGCUCUCUGGACGAUCUCGGAGCUAAGACGUUGUAUCAUAGAGGGCCAGAAAAGACAGAUGAAUCUCUCUUGGCCAGAUUCAAAGGUGAUGGUAUAAGAUACAAAGCUAAACUCAUUGGCAUUGAUGAUGUCCCAGAGGCAAGAGGUGACAAAAUGAGUCAGGAUUCAAUGAUGAAGCUGAAAGGAAUGGCAGUGGCAGCCCGCUCCCAAGGUCAACAUAAACAGAAGGUCUGGGUGAACAUCUCCCUCUCUGGCAUCAAGAUACUAGAUGAGAAAACUGGGGUCAUAGAGCAUGAGCAUCCAGUAAACAAAGUCUCCUUUAUUGCUUGGGAUGUAACAGAUAAUCGUGCCUUUGGCUAUAUUUGUGGAGGAGAAGGCCAGCACCAAUUUUUUGCAAUAAAAACAGCACAACGGGCUGAGCCUCUAGUUGUUGAUCUUAAGGACCUUUUCCAGCUAAUAUAUAAUAUGAAGAAGGAAGAGGAAGACAAGAAAAAGAGUGAAGAAGCAAGUAAGACUGAGAAUGGUAGCAAAGCACUACCUGCUGAUCAAGCUGACAAACUGAAACUGGGUGUUGACCAGAGGGAUUUGUUUGGGGAUAUGUCAAUGCCUCCUGAUGUGAGCCAUCCCACAGAAAAUAAAGACAUUUUGUUAGUGGUUCUAAACUCUGAAAUUGAGACCAAACAGACUUUUGUGAAAGAGGUUCUCUUCUUGAAUGGCAUCACCACCUCUCUUCCACAACCAAAGCCACAGCCACCCUUCCUGCCUGAGAGUUCUUUCUCUACUGAUCUCAGCUUUUUUCCCACACCUAAUCCAGACCCUUUCAGUGAUGAUCCUUUUGCACAGCCAGACCAACCUCUAAAACUUGCUGAUCAGAAGAAAGAAAAUCUGAGUACCUUGACACCGGUGAGUAAUGGUGCUUCAAAUGGUGAUAUUGACUACUUUGAUAAACAGUUUGACCAGAUUUCUAAUAGAACUGGCAACCAAGAAGCACUAACAAACCAGUGGACAUUUGAGAGUAAGUUGCCUGCAGCAAGAACUCCAAAUGGGAUACCAGAGAGAGAACAAUGUGGCUUCCUUAAAGCCCCGUCAAGCCUGUUUGUGGAAGGUCCUUCCAAAGGAGUAUCUCUGCAGAAUGGAGUAAAGCUGGAUUCUGAAAGCAAUAUCCAGCUCAUGUCACAUGAGUCUAUAACAAUUAGCCCACCACCACAAAGUACCAAGCCAGGAAGAGGAAGGAGGUCUGUCAAGACUGCAUCAAAUGACUGACUUAGCUCAGACUUCUUUGUGCCAACUACAGAGAGCCUCAGCUUGACCUCAGUGGCACAGAUAGGACCUGUGUCAACUAAUCCACUGGACCUCUUCAAAACAAGUUCUACCACAGCACCUCCAUUGGCUGGUCUAGGUGGCUUGCCAGUAACUGCAUCACCAUGGAGUGCACAGACAUCUGCCUUCACUCAGGCUGCAUCAGUCUUUCCUGUGUCUAUGAUGCCUGCUCAGCCUACAGGAUUUACUCAACUACUUGCCUUUGGUACUCAAGCAGUGCCAAGCUGGAGCCAGCCUGCAUCUUUUGGUCUAGCAGACUCUCAGACCUCUGGUCUGGCACAGCCAGCACAAGUUCCAUCUACUUCAUGGGCACAGCCAUCAAGUGCUGUAAAUCCCUUCCAGAGUUGCAUGUUCCCAUCUUCAACGCUACCUGCUCAGACUUUGUCUGUACUGCCCUCCAUGUCAACAACUAGCCCACCUCAGCCACCACCUAGAACUGUACCUCAGAAGGAGUUCUCCAAGAGAGUGUGUGAUGCUUUUAUUGCUCUGGAUCCACUUGGUGAGAGAGAGAUGAAGGAUGUUAAGGAAAUGUUCAAAGACUUCCAGCUGACAAAGCCACCUGCAGUGCCAGCAAGGAAAGGAGAGCAGCAAAACCUUUCAGAACCACCAAAGCCUGUUCUGCGACAAACUGUGCUGCCAGCUGAUGGCCUGCUUGAAAGUCAAGCUAAAGCAGACAUUUUCAGUGCCUCAUCUAAGGAAUCUCAGAAACCACCUUUUGGCAAUCCUUUUGGAAACCCAUCUGCAUAG